AUGGGGAAUCAAGAAGCGGUUCAAGCCUAUCUGAACCAGAUAGCAAGCGCCGCAGAGGUCGAAGACGGCACCACGUUGGCAGCACUUUUGAAAAUCGGCGAUGACCACGCCCGACAACUCAACGGCGCUUUGCAAGCAGCACAUGGCUCGGUGGUCGAAAACGCCGUCCGACGCAGGUUAAACGAGCAGUGGGCCGAGGUGGUGUGGGGUCACUUACGAGUCCUGAGAGCGUUGGAGGGCUCGGGGCGGUCUGCUUCUGCCUCUUCUCCUAAGCGGAGCACCAGCGUUGAAGACGAAGCUGGCAUUGUGCGCGCUGCUGAGCUGCAAAACACGGUCGCCCAGGCUUUUCACCAGGUGUUUACCAAUCAGACACGGUGGUGUCUUCCUGUGCUCUACGCUGUUGAUGGGGAUUUGCGAGCGUUGAGCAUUGAGGCGGAUACGUACCUUCAACGUACGGGACAGAAAGCGGGGCGGCUGGAAGAUGCGGCGAGAUCGAUGAAUAAGGCCUUCUCGUAUUGCGUGACCGAUCGCUUCUCCCCAGCCGACAAAUCGAGAAAAUGGGGAACAUAUCACAUCGUCAACCUCCUGUUCCGCAUAUACUUCAGGUUGCAACAAACGAACCUAUGUCCAACGAUCCUUAGGUCAAUAUCAGCAGGUGAUCUACCAGGCCUCGAAAGAUUCCCGAUCGCGGAUCAGUUGAGCUUUAAAUACCAUGUUGGCGUGCUGGCUUUCUACAACGAGAAUUACAAGAAGGCGGACGAGGACCUCUCCUUCGCAUUAUGGCACUGCCACGCCCAGCUCAAAAAGAAAGGCGCAUCAUCCCGCCUGGUCAAAAACAGACUCCUAAUCCUAAAUUACCUCGUCCCCGCCCGCUUCAUCCUCGGCAUCCUCCCCCAUCCCACCCUGCUCACCAAAUACCCCGCCCUAAACUACCUCUACGGCAAUUUCGUAACGGCGAUAAAACGCGGCGACAUCAAACUGUUUGAUCAGAGUUUGUAUGAUCUGCAGAGGGAUUUGAUUGAUCGAGGGACGUAUUUGACGGUGGAGAGGGCGAGGGCUUUGGCUGUGCGGAAGUUGUUUAAGAAAGUAUGGAUCUUGAAUGGAUCCAGCUCCCGGAUCCAAAUGACCCAGUUCCAAAAAGCGCUGCAUUUGGCCGGCGCAGAGGCCACGCUCGACGAUGUGGGAUGUAUGCUUGCAAACAUGAUCGAUAAGGGAUAUCUGAAGGGAUAUGUAUCGUAUGAGAAGCAGAUGGUGGUUACGGCGAAGGAGGAUCCGUUUCCUAGUAUACAGCGUCUUGCUAUCUCUUAG